UCGUUUAUGUUCCCUCUCUGCGAUUUCUCUUGGACGCUCCGCAUUACAGAUUUCGCUUACCGGCGACAUGGAAUCGAGGAGAUUGGAGCGGUUACUGUUGCUGCUUUGCUUCUUUGCAGCCAUCACAUGCGCGCAAGCGCAGGCCCAAGCCACUGUACAACCAUCCAAAAGCUCACCCCACAGUGGAGCAGCAGGUAAGGUUUUGUUGGAGACGGGUAAUAAUAGAUCGGAUAGCGACCUUUCGAGGAGAACGAGAAGAAUCGACCCUCUUGAUGGCUUAAGGAAGUAUGUGGGAGGGUAUAACAUCACAAACCAGCACUAUUGGAGUUCAACCAUAUUUACAGGUAGAUUCGGAUAUAUCAUUGCGGCGUUAUGGGUUAUCGGUGGUAGUCUUUUUGCGGGGUUUCUUCUUGUUUCGAAGAUUUUCUUCGCCGAGAGGAAAGAAAGAUAUGGUGUCAUUGACAAUUUUCUUGAUAAAUACCACAUUUUGUCUGUGAUAUGUCUCAUUCUUCUUGCAGCUUUUGCCAUAGUUGCAUCAUCAAUCGCACUUUACGGCGCUGUAAGAUUUCAUUCUAGAGCAGAGUCCAUCAAAGAGAUCGUUGGUAGAACUGCGUUUGAGGCGGUGGCGACGAUAUACAACAUUACAGGAGCCAUUGAGAGGAUGGAAAACACGUCAAGGCUAUACAGUAACAGCAGCAAAGCCUUCGAUCAUCUGAACUCAACAGUACAGACACUCAACUCUGAAGCCGUAGAGAUUCAGGAGAAGGCCGAGAAGAACAUGCGCUUGGCCAGCAAAGGCAUCAACACACUGGAAGCUGUCACCAUUUCAACCGUGACGCUGAAUCUUGUCGCGGUUCUUGCAUUGCUAGUGGCAAGACCUCUAAGGCUACAUAAAUUGUACUACUUGUGCAUAGCCUUGUGCUGGGCACUGACAGCCCUCUUUUGGAUGUACUUUGGACUGUAUUACUUCUUCGACAAGUUUGCGGGCGACACGUGUGCGGCCCUCGAGGAGUACCAGCUGAACCCCAAGAACAGUACUUUGGGCACCAUCAUACCCUGCAGCGAGAAGCUGUACGGAGGCAUGAUCCUGCACAAUGUUAGUGCAGGAAUCCACGACAUCAUAGACCAGGUGAAUUCCAACAUCUACUCGAUCAAGUCGCAGUACGGCGUGAAGCAGCUAGACUACAUCUGCAACCCGUUCACCGGGCCGCCGGAGUACAGGUACCGGCCGGAGAACUGCGCCUCCGGUGAAGCCACCAUCGGUGAUAUCCCUCAGAUCCUGAAGAGGCUGACCUGCUCGGUUCUGGGCGGCGGCGCCAACUGCGCGCCGGCCGAGCUCUCGUCGGCGAUCGACUACGACAAGGUGCAGACGUACACGAGCUCCAUCCAGAACGUGCUGGACAUCUUCCCGGGCACGGAGCGGCUGGUGAGCUGCGAGCUGGUGAAGGCCGGCUUCGCUGACAUCGUGGGCAACCAGUGCGCGCCGCUGCGGCGUGGCGCGCGCGCGACGUGGGCCUCCCUCGCCGCGCUGUCUGCGGUCAUGGCGCUGCUCGUGCUCGCCUCGGCGGCGCUCCGACGCCGCUACGCCGCCGACGACCGCCACUCGGUGAGGCAUCUCACCUCGUCGUCCAACUCGGAGACGUCGGAGACUGAGUUCGCCGAGAUGCACGCCAAGACAAUGCGAGUUAAGGUCGUCGGGCCGUGAUCGGGAGAGCGAGAUCAAAUUCUUUUUGCUGUGCUCUUUGCUCUUUGCAGGGGAGAAGUUGAGAGGCAGAGAGAUAGUAUACAGCCGGCGGGAGAGACUGAUCCCGGAGAGAUCGUCCAUCGCCGGCGCGCCAUUGACGCGAAAUGUUUGGUUCCUUUUUGUGGGUGGUCUGGAGAAUCCAGCCAUACACCGUGCGCUUCGUAUAGCGGUAUAGGAGAGGAAGAUGAGAAAUUGGUUUAAUCAUGUAUAUGGUCGGCAAAAAUUAUGAUAAUUGUAUAAAAAAUAAACAUAGUUCAUUUUACUUAGCAUAAUCAUAGCCCAGUUUAUUCUU